GCUACCUGGCUAUACAGGAUGUAAUCAAACGGCGGCGUAUUUAGUCAACAUUGGAUUUGCAUUUGACAAAAGAGUCUAGACAACAAAACAUAAACAAAACAAAGUAGUUAAUCUAUUAGAAAAAAUAAACAGAUUUAUAUCUAAGCCUGGAUAGGACUAGAUAUCUAGAUCUAAACUCUAAAUUAGAUCUUAAUUAAGUAUGAAUAAUCAUUUUCAAAUGUUUUUAAAAACCUGGACUUGAGACUGAGCUUAAAACAUGAAAAAGUCUACGACGGAAAUAAUUCGUGGACCAAGUUUAGGACUAAACAUUUCAACUUCAAGUCAUACUUUAAAAACCAACAAUUCUUUAAGUACUUUUGGUGAUGUGUCAAAGGCAUUUGAUCUUUUGUAUUUACAUGUCAGCCCAGUCCCGAAACCUUUUAUAGGAUACCACUCUUUGAAAAAUGUAGUUAGUAAAAAUUUACAAGUCAGUAAUAUUGACCUAACAACUGAAAGUAGCACUAAACCUUUCAAUAACAUAAACCAAUUAUUGCUCACUACAACUAGAUCUACACCUUACUUAUUGCCAAACACAGAAACUGUGAAUAGUUCUUUUGAAAGUAGUGGAACACAAAGCAGUUCAAGCCGUGGAAGUACAAGUGACAUCAUUCAGAUUAUUAAAGAGAAACAUGCACAGUUGAAAACUUCACACAACAGUGAAACUCUAUUCAACACUCAAAGUACAAUUAAAGACAAGAGAAAAGAGACCUUUCUAGAGGAGGAAUCUGUAGUGAAGGAUUCUCAUCAGAAUUUAAAGAAAACUACUAGUAACAAAGAAGCUUUGACAUGUUCGACAGAUGAUACCUUGAGUAAAGAUCAACACUUAAAGUCUGUCAUGAAAAAUCAGGAAGAUCAACGGUCAGUCCAGAUCGUCUUAGAAAAGUGUGAUUCUCAGCUCUCCAAAGGGGUUAACUGUUUGUCUGACAAAAUCAUUAGAACACACACAAAGCAAAGACAAUCUAGCUUACCUAAAACUAAGAAAGAAGAUGACUUCAAACUGAGUAGUAAAAUCAAUGAUGACAAUGUUUUAACUGACUGGAUCAUUAAGCCUGUCCCUGGAUGUAGAGGUGUAUGUGUUGAAGGCCAGAAAGUUGGUAUGCAGGACUAUUGGCACAGUACAGCCAUUGCUGAAGUGAGAAAACCUAAAGUUGUUGUGACUACGACUGGCUCUGUCUACAAGCUGAAAGGAAAGAUAAAUAAACUGUGUACCAUUGACAAUGGAUUUACACAAGAAAUAGCUGAGGCUUUUGCUGCUGGAUUUCCUAAGAAUUGGAGAGAACUAAUACAAGAAUAUUUCAUCAGCAUAGAAAAAAGUAUUUCCUUCCACGAAGAAGUCCCCAUCAAAAUGAAGAAGUUUGGUCGUAAAAGUUCACCACUUGCUGACAAGAAAACUAACAGUGAAGACAUCAUUGGAAAAACCAUAAUGACCAAACAUGGACUUAUUCAGCAACACAUCAAUGUCUCAGAUAUGGUGGUCACCAGGAGUGGUCGUGUCUCUCUUCCUCCUUUAGCCAAGUGGGUCGGUCAGUACUACGUGAAAGAUCCAAAGUCUAAUGCAAUAAAAGUGGGAUUUAAUACAAAAACAGCAGAGAAAUUCAUUAUGAGCCAGACGCAAAACAUUUUGAAAAUGCCUAAGUCUCAGCAGAAAAAAAUAUUUCAUAAAAGUUUAUCUAAUAGCCUAAACAGCCCAACAAGUCUCAGUCCUCAGAGUCAAGAAAACAUAAAUAGAACAUUUCCAGAUGCAACAGCUCAAGUCAGAACAAACAAAGAACUUAAACCACAAGAAAAAAGAUUAUCAUCAGACCAGCACAAACAAAACAGUCAGUCAGAGGAGCUACUUCUAAAAGAUGUCAGUCAAGUGCAGCAUGUAAAACCUGCUAAGAAAACAAAUAGAAAAGAGACGUCUGCAAAUGAAGAACAAAUGAAUUCAGAAAAGGAUGAUAAAGAAGUUCCUAAAAAGGGAAAAAGAGGGCGGAAAAAAAAAGUGAGCAUGCCAGAUAAUUCUUUAUCAAAGGAAAAUGUAGGAAUGGAAAAAUCUGGCAGGAUCCCCAAAGUAGCAACUACCAAAACAGUUUCCCCAGAUCUUAGUGACAAACACCAGGCUGUGAAAUCCAAGAAGCGUAAAUGUCCUAAUAGUACUGUUCAACAGGAUGUGGCCAGUAAAAAGGUCAGAGUUGAUGAUGAAAAGAAUGAUAAUGCCUGGUCUGAAAGUGAAACAAAAUUAUUUCACCAAGCUCUGCAAAAGAUCAGCAGUGAUGAGUCCUGUUACUGGAAUAAAGUGUCUGAGUUUGUUGGUACUAGGUCUGACUUGGAGUGCCAGGAGUUUCAUGCCAACUACUUGGAAACUUUGCCCAGAUCUAAAGGAAACCACACAAAGAAAAAGAAAGAACAGCAGCUCAAAGUUAAGAAGAGGCAGAAAGGGGAGCCAAUCAGAGGAGGUAAAGGUACAUUGAAGAGGAAAAAAGACUUGAGAGCUUUCCUGGAUGAGCAGAAUGAAGGCUAUGAGGAUGAUUUGUUUGAGAGUACACCCAUGGUGAAGAAAAUCACCAAAUCUUGUCUAAAUUUUGAUUUCAGUAAAAAUGAUUCUGAGUUAUUUGGACCUAAUCAUAAGUUCUUCACCCCUGUUGCUGGACGCAGUGGUCUAGACACCCCAGGCACUAGAAUAAGGGCAUCCAUAGCUUCUGUUAGGAAAGAGCCUAUGGAUUCUGUUGACCUCAUGGAGGAUACGCCAAUUUCUUCUAAGAGACAUAAAGCUGAUGUUGUCAUUAAAAAAAUCAAUGAUAGAAAAAAGAAAGUUGUACCUGUACCUGCUACUGAUAAGAUGGAAACCACUUCUACCGUAGAUUUGGAGUGGAGUGCCUUACCUGUCAAGUCUCUGUUUACACCUGAGGCUAAGCCCAGCAUCUCUAUUGAUAAGGAUGAUGAUGAUGAGGGGAAACAUCUUUAUUAUUGGGAUGAUGACGACUGAGACUUCCAGCUAUGAGACUGAUUAAAUAGUUCUGGGGACAUUUAUAUUUGACACAAACCCAGGAAAAUUAAGCACAUCUUUUUAUUGUAAUCAUAAUUUUUAUUAGUGUGUAUAUUUAUAGGACUUUUAAUCCAAAGCUGAAACAACUCUUUAAAAUAUCUUGAUUGGUUACCAUUUUAGUAUGUCAUGCUACAUCACUAUGCUGUGGUAGCUCUGCCAAUACAUGACACAACAUCGCUCAGGCAGAUUCUUAUUCAGAAUGAAA